UGUCGCGUGGCCGGGUUUUGACUGACAGAGGGUAUAAAAACGAUACCCAGGUCACAUAGUCACACUAACCACCAAUACAGAUACAACACAGCUACUACACUACUUGCCGGUCACUCGUCAACUUGCUCUUGACCAAUUCACUUCUGUUAUGACCAUGUCAUCUCAGACAACUUUCCUCCUGCUCGCGUCUACUGCUAGUAACAGUAGCUAUGGAAGUCCAGCAGACUCAUCUUUUUCAUCUAUGUCAUCACCAGAUAACGGGGAGGUAGAUGAUCAGUGCGUUGAAAUGGAAAGGAACUCCAAAGAAAACCUUGUCAAUGCAUCCUCGUCAAAACGAAAGUUGAAAGACAGUGAAUCCGUUUCUUCUACUCCUAAAAAGAAACGCUAUAAUAAGCCGAGACAGCGAGAAAGGAGUCCAUCCCUGGUCGCUAAACUUAGAAAAACCCGCCGCUCCAAAGCUAACGACAGAGAAAGGAGCAGAAUGCAUGGAUUAAAUGACGCUCUGGAAGUAUUACGGGAGGUGUUACCAGCUUCUGAUGGUGAAAACAAACUGACAAAGAUUGAGACACUGAGAAUGGCCUAUAACUAUAUAUGGGUACUAUCUCAGACCCUGGAGGGUGUCGCUAAACUACCGGAAAACGGACUUGCCAAAGAUGUAAAUAGUGCUAUUCAUGUGAAAAGAGAGUUAGACUUUAAUACUAGUGCUUGUUCCGCGGACAGUGGUCAACUUUCUCCUGUUCCAUCCCGGAUUCUGUCUCCAGUUGUAGAACCAGACUCCCAGGUGAUGGCGCCCUCUCGUCAGUCACCUCACUACGAUCAUCAUAACCCAGCAUCCCUCCAGCACCAGCAGUCUACCGCUGCUUUCCAUCAUUUCAGAAUCGCGCCAUCAGUAUCUACUCCUGGGGUCCAAUUCCAGCCUCUCCUCCCAGCCUCUGAACCCAUGUCGCCAUACAUGUCCAGUUCCUCGCCCGUGUCCCAUGUUACUUCUCCACAUUCCCGGACGGACGUACACCCAAACUUUGUGAUAGGACAGACACAUCAUUCAGACUGGAGUAGUGUGUAUUCCGGAUUUUCAGCCAUGAAGGAGUGUGGCAUGUUGAGGUCGGGUCUACACAGUCCCACGGAACACUCGGAUACCUCCGAAGGAUACUCGUUUGAAAUGUUUUGAAGUGAACUUUGAUGUGAACAAGCUAUGUGAUAUCGAUAUAUUGUGAGAACUUUAGACAAGGAGACUGUGUCCAGUGAUUAGUUGUGAUAAUAUUUACAUUCUGCUGGUAAAAAGACAAUCCCCAACGUGCCUGAUUUAUCGAACCAGUAUUGUUGUCUAGUUUUUUCUAUGCAGAACUUGUGAAAUAUAUUUUGAUAAGGUUAGUAUUUCGUAUGUUAAUGUUUGUUAUGGCAGCAAAGUGUCCUUUUUACUCGAAAAUGUGAAUCUUAGCUCGUCGAGAGUAUUCCAUUGGCCUAGUAACUAUGGAGAGAAGGCCUUCAUUCGUUAGUGGAUAAUUCGGUUAGUUAUGUGGAAAUUGUAAUUAUUUAUUAAUGUGACAUUUAUUCAAUUAAUCAGUGUUACCGGUAUUUACCUGCCACCUCAUUAUUCUGUCAGAAAAACAUUUCAUGAAAUUAGUUUUUUACGAAGAUUAUAUUUUGUACGUAUUUAAGCACAUUCCAAUGCCAUUUAAAAUCCUCUACAACGAUAGAUAAUUACUGACGUCUUUUACACGUGGGGCCGAGAAACCCUUUGUAUAUUUAUAUAUGAUUUAUAUGUGAAACAAAAUAAAUUAUUUGUCUAUUUAUUACCAAAUUAAUUUGUUAUAGUCCUCUUUAC